AUGGCUUGCGCCCCGGCCUGCAAACUCGGAAUUUGCCGCAGAGUCCUUUGGAAUGUCGCUGUGCGGGUGGACACCAGCUGCCCGAGAUACCAAUUCGCAGAGGCCACCCAGGAGAUGUGGCGGGCACGGGUGGAUGCUCCCACGACCCCACAUUCUGGUCGCACUGGUGAAAUCUCAGGCGUCGACCACGGCGGUGGAAGAAAACUCGGGCCUGUCCGACAGGUUGAGCAUCUUCGUAUUUGCAACAUUGUUCACCAUACCGAACUGUUUAAGGGCGCCGACGCUUCUUCUUCUUCUUCUUCUUCUGCGCGAUUUCAGCUCAACCACAUGGAUCUCGGCACGCAAAAUAUCCUAGUGGACGAUAACUUCAAUUUCCUGGCAGUUAUUGAUUGGGAAUUUGCGCAGACCGCACCGUGGCAGGUUAACCACUAUCCCUUCCCGUUCCCGCUGCUUAGGUCGGACGAGAGCAUCAGAGAGGCCCUCGAGGACCCGGGACACGUUGCACACAAGAACAUGGCAAAACAGGCGGCCGCCCGAGCCAUGUACGUCCACAAGUUCCAGGACGCCGAGUCCCGAGUCCGACGGGAGGGACGGGCCCUUGCCGGGCAGGGUUCGUUUGCCAAAGUGCUAGACGGCGAGGCCUCGAGGAUAUAUGCUUGCUUCACCAGGCUUCAGGGGUCGUGGGAACAGGAUGCAGACCGCGUCUACGAGAUGGUGAAGUUGGCAUUCGGAUAUGAUGCGGACUCGGCGGAGCGCUAUUUGCGGGAGAUGGACGUCAAGCUGAGGCGAAUUGGCUAG